AUGGACGCCCUUAAGGACCUUAAGGAAAGUCUGCGUCAGGCUGAGGGAAGAAGAGGUCGCCUGGUGAGGGCCACCUGCCUUUCUUCCGUCACCUCGCGUUCCUCGUUCGUCACUCGGUCGAGGUGCCGGGUCAGGAACAGUAGGGACUGGACACCUCAACCAUCAUCCUCGUGUUUGGCAGACUGCGACGCGUCCAUGGGAUCUUCUGGAUCAAAGGCCGCCCUCGGGGCUACCACCGACGAACCCACAGAACCAGAGCCAAAACACCUGGCCGAUCUAAUACAGUACAUAAAUGAAACAAAUAUGAGUGUUGUACAUCUGGCUAAUGUUCUUUCUGAGAAAACUGGGAGCAACAGCUGGGUAGUGGUGUUCAAAGCCCUGGUUACAUUUCAUCAUCUCAUGGUAUAUGGAAAAGAGCGUUUUAUCCGACAUCUUGCAUCUCGAAACUCAUUGUUCACUUUACACAACUUCCUAGAUAAAAGUGUCACAGAAGGCUAUACUAUGUCAGCCUUCAUCAGACGAUACAGCAGAUACUUGAAUGAAAAGUCACUCGCAUAUAGACUGAUUGCAUCUGACAUCACAAAAGUCAAGAGAGGGAUGGACGGUGUGAUGAGAACUAUGAAUACCAAAGAUCUGCUAAACACGCUUCCAGUUAUUCAAACCCAAUUGGAUGCUCUUCUUAAUUUUAAUGCAAAGCCAGAUGAACUAACUAAUGGUAUAAUACAUGCUGCUUUUAUGCUCCUCUUUAAAGAUUCUCUCCGUCUCUUUGCAGUCUAUAAUGAAGGAAUCCUAAAUCUACUAGAUAAGUAUUUUGACAUGAGGAAGAACCAAUGCAAGGAAAGUUUGGAUAUUUACAUCAAGUUCCUUGGAAGAACAACCAAAUUUGCACAGUUCCUGAAAGUUGCAGAGCAAGUUGGAAUUGACCAGAGCGACAUUCCAUAUCUUACUCAGGCACCCCACAGUUUCAUUGAAGCACUAGAACAGCAUUUAGCUUCUUUGGAAGAGAAAAAUGACAUUUUACCUCAUGGUUUCCAGCAUGUAUUUAUUCCAUCCAUCCCAACUGGUCCAGUUGCUAAAGCUUCAGCAAGCACAACUUUGCUUGAAGCCCACAAAUCUGUUGGAGACAAACAGCAAGGUGCAGUGAACAUAGCAAGCAACUUGGACGGCUCACUUGCUAGCCUCAUAGGAAAUCUUAACUUUGGAGAAAGCCCCAUCGACAAAACUGAUGUGAAGUGGUGUCAAACUUCAGAAAUGGAAAUUAAUGGUGGAAUGAACUGGCAGUUGAAUACCUCCUCUUGUACAUCAACCAUCUGGAAUUCUAUUUCUGCUCCUCUUGUUCCCCAUAUGGUUCCCAGUCCAACAGAAUGUCCUUCUCUAAUGGCAUCUCAAUCCAUGAUUUAUACCCAAGAAGACUUUAAGACCAGCACGCUUUCCAUUCAGUCCCCAGGACAUCAGGACAAAAACUAA